UCCCCCUACUUUGAUUGAUCGCAACAACCACCUUAACGUAUCCAUCUCCAACUUCCAUUACCAAUUUCUUGACCACACAACAUCGCAUUUUUUUCUCUCCCACCUUCAAAAUGCCUCCCAAAGCUGCCGACAAGAAGCCUGCCAGCGCGUCCAAGACGCCAGCGACUGCCUCCAAGGCUCCCGAGAAAAAGGAUGCCGGCAAGAAGACAGCUGCCAGCGGCGAUAAGAAGAAGAGGACCAAGACGCGCAAGGAGACUUAUUCCUCCUACAUCUACAAGGUCCUCAAGCAGGUCCAUCCUGACACCGGUAUCUCCAACCGCGCUAUGUCCAUCCUGAACUCUUUCGUCAACGACAUCUUUGAGCGAGUCGCCACCGAGGCCAGCAAGCUUGCGGCAUACAACAAGAAGUCCACCAUUUCUUCUCGGGAAAUCCAGACCUCUGUUCGGCUUAUCCUCCCCGGCGAGCUAGCCAAGCAUGCGGUUUCGGAAGGAACCAAGGCUGUCACGAAGUACUCGUCAUCCACCAAGUAAAGUCAUUUGGGUUUGCUGCUUUGUCUUUUUCUCUCUUUCGGCAUUGGAUUUCUUGGCAUGGGUGCUAUGGUGAGGCCUUCGGUACAUUGUUCCGUCUGGGUCUCUUAAUGCGUUAUGGUUUGCUUUUUGGGGGCAUUGUCUUCACACGGUCAAUACGGGGUUUGCGGUUGUACAAUACCUCGAGAACAGGGUCUCGGGCGAAUGAAAUCGAGCAAAUCAACGGUUUAUUAACACAUGAA